AUGUUACGAGUAUCACCAAGAAAAGGUGCUACUAGGUUUGGAUUGAAGGGAACACUCGCACCACGGUUUAUUGAUCCAUUUAAGAUUGUUGAGAAAGUUGGGGAAGUAGCUUACAGGAUUGCAUUACCCGCGAGCAUGGGUCAGGUUCAUAAUGUAUUUCAUGUUUCUAUGUUUCGAGGUUACGAAUAUGAUCCCUCUCAUGUUUUGGAUUGGCAAUAUCUGUCAUUAGAAGUUAAUGGUUCAUAUAAGGAAGGGCCAAUAGAAAUUUUGGACCACAAGGAGAAGGUUUUGAGAAACAAAUUCAUCCCAUUAGUGAAAGUGCUCUGGAUUCAUCACAAUAUCGAAGAAGCUACAUGGGAGAAAGAAUCCGAUAUACGAGCACAAUACCCAGAGUUGUUUGCUUGA